CCACGCCUGCACUUGAGUCACGCCUAGACACGGAACCACUAUGUGAUUUCGCAAUUGUGUUAAGCAAUGUCAGACGAACUUUGCUUGUAAAAUGAGAGAAGGUAAAGUGCAACAGGCUACAACUCAAAAUUCUAAGGAAAAAAGUGCGACACAAAUGUUGCUUUGUGAAAAUGAAUGACAUGGACGAAGUUGGGCCAAUAACCCGCAGAAGGAGGGCUACAAUUACGUCUGCGAGAGAGAAUGUUUCAUUAAAACGAAUGAAUAGAAAGGGUAUUCAAAACGUACAGGGAAACGGUAAUAACGUUGUAUUUAAGCAAAAUGUAUCCGAAAUUCCGUCUUCUAAAACUCCGACGGAGAGGAGAAAUCGGAAGACUGCUCCAAUUGAGUCACUGAGUUGCCACUCUGUGCAGGAGUCCCUUCUGAGCUCCACUAGUGGCUACAGAAACUACAGAGGCGUCCUCAACUGGUGUGUUGUGAUGUUGGUCUUGAGCAAUGCUCGACUCUUCCUUGAAAACCUGUUAAAGUAUGGCAUAUUAGUGGACCCAAUACAAGUGAUUUCCCUUUUCGUGAAGGACCCCUAUAGCUGGCCAGCGGGAUGCCUCGUCAUCGUGGCGAACGUCUUCAUCCUGGUCACCCUGUACACCGAGAGAUGGCUCUCGAUGGGCAGGUUUGGAGAGCAUCUGGGCCUGAUGAUCCACUCCACCAACCUGUCAAUCAUUCUGGCCUUCCCUGUGUUUGUGGUGCUGAUGGUGGACUCCAUCACUCCAGUGGGAGGGGCUUUGGCGCUGGGGGUGUACACCAUUUUGUUCCUGAAGCUCUACUCCUAUAAGGACGUCAACAGGUGGUGUCGAGAGAUGAGUCAUGCCAAGGUCCGGAGACUGGCCAGGUCACUGUCCUGUCCGUCUUGGCAGAGCUCCAAAGGAGGCGUGGAACAGAGCCAGGUGUGCUACCCUGGCAACCUCACAAUCCGAGAUCUGUAUUAUUUUGUUUUGGCUCCAACCUUGUGCUACGAGUUAAACUUCCCCCGGUCACCGCAGAUACGUGUGAGUUUUCUGCUGAGGCGACUGUUUGAGAUGUUGUUCUUCACACAGUUACUGGUGGGAUUAACACAGCAGUGGAUGAUCCCCAUAAUACGGAAUUCGAUGAAGCCAUUGGAGGACAUGGACUUGUCUCUGAUGGUGGAGCGUCUUCUCAGGCUAGCAGUACCUAAUCACCUGCUGUGGCUGAUCUUCUUCUAUUCCUUCUUCCACUCCACUCUCAACUUUGCGGCAGAGCUCCUGCGCUUCGGAGACAGGGAGUUCUACCGAGACUGGUGGAACUCUGAGACAGUCACUUACUUCUGGCAGAACUGGAACAUCCCUGUCCACAAGUGGUGCCUACGCCACUUCUAUAAGCCCUUGCUGCGGAAGGGUGUAAGCAAGUGGGCCAGCCAAUCAGCCGUCUUCUUUGCCUCUGCCUUCUUUCACGAGUACCUGGUCAGUGUUCCUCUGAAGAUGUUUAGACUGUGGGCGUUCAUGGGCAUGAUGGCCCAGCUCCCGUUGGCCUGGUUUGUGGCCCGCUUCCUCAGCGGGAACUACGGCAAUGCGGCAGUCUGGAUCUCACUCAUCAUUGGCCAGCCCAUUGCCGUUCUGAUGUACGUCCAUGACUACUACGUGCUUCACCACAGGGUGGAGACAGAGGCUCCUGGAACACUAUAGUGCCCCCUACAUGCCUGGCUGAAUGAUGUAUCAGCUGUCUGGAACAGUGGAUAUGGGGCCUUUUUUUAGCUUAUUGACAUUUGUUCUAUUUAAAGAAGUGAACUUAGGAGUAGUACGGAAGCAAGUUCUUGAGCAACCAUCGUGAAAGUGAAAAUCAUCUCGUCAGGUCUCCCUCAAGGAAUCAGAGAAGUAGUUUGUGUACUUCCUCCUAUCGGCCACAUUGAACACUGCCAAGGUUUUGUAACAGAGGGCAUUAUAUCGUUUUAUAAAUAGAGUUUGAAUGGUAUGUCAAUAAAAUGUCUACAAUGAG